CACAGUGAGAGGUCUAUAUCAGUCAGUCUGUCAAAAGAGAACAAGAACACUUGCUUUGUACUGACAGAGACAGAGGACUGAAUGAUGCUGAGAUUUCAGUGUGUGAUUGUAGCCCUGGUCUUGUAUUUUAAAGGUUCCUUUUCCCAGCUCAGUGUAUGUGGUCGUGCACCAUUUAACACCCGCGCUGUGGGUGAUGAGAAUGCUUUGGAAGGGGCAUGGCCAUGGCAGGUUAGUCUACAGAGACCCGGUAAACAAGGUGGCCACUUCUGUGGAGGAUCCCUCAUCAACAAAAACUGGGUCCUGACAGCAGCUCAAUGUUUCUCAAGUGAAGAGAAUUCUGCAGUGACCGCAUAUAUGGGGAUACAGACUUUCAAUGGCAUCAGUCCCAAUCAGAUUACCCAAAAGGUUAAAAAGGUGGUCCUUCACCCCAACUACAACAGCACAACCAAAAACAAUGACAUUGCACUUCUGCAUCUAGAUGCUUCUGUCAACUUCACAGAUCAUGUCAGACCAGUGUGCCUGGCUGGACAAGGCAGCAGUUUUCCUGACGGCACCAUAGGUUGGAUCACAGGCUGGGGAAAUGUUAACGCUGCAGUGCCUUCCCCUGGUGUGCUGCAGGAGGCAAUGGUGCCCAUUGCUGAUGCAUAUCUUUGUGAUUUCCUACUGAAUCCUGGAUCCAUUACCACAAACAUGAUCUGUGCUGGUUAUAUACAGGGAGGCCCAAACACCUGCCAGGGGGACUUUGGAGGUCCAAUGGUGACUAAGAUGGGUGCAGCCUGGAUUCAGGCUGGUAUCACUAGCUGGGGUAGGGACUGUGCUCAGCAUAACUCACCCCUUGUGUACACUCUGGUGUCUGAGUACCAGAUCUGGAUAUCCAGCAUCAUCCAGGAAAACAUUCCUGGAUUUGUCAAGUAUUAACACAGUGCGAUGACUGGUGGCAGUAUUGAUGGAAUGGGCAAAAUGCUGUCAUUUUAAUUAAACAAUAACAAUUUUUAAUUUAACAUGAAAUGUUUUUUUUACUCCACCACUCUAUAUUUAUUGUUUUACCAGAGAUAAAGUUAAUACCUUUGAUAUAUAUAUAACUGUUAUAUUUAAGCAGUUUUGUAAUAAUAAUAAAAUCCAUUUAUUAAAUGUAAAUAAAAUCAUAUGAAUGUCACACUUGCUGAUUAUUUGUGAAUAGUUUGGAAGUAAUUUCAUUUUGCCUCAAGCAGUU